AUGACUGUCCGAACGAGGAGCGGCGGCGGCCUCCCUCGUCCACCUCGCAGUGGAGAAUUCGCCGUCAUUGAGCAGCGACUUUUCUCGUCCUUCAUCAACCAGCACAGGCGACCCUCUCUGCCGUCUCCGAUAAAACCGAGAACGCAGCCCUCCGCAGUCAAGCAAACUAGUCCUAUUCCAAUUACAGUUUCCGUCGAGCCUCCAUCGCAAAUCCCAGCCACCGUCGGCGACCCUUCAUCGACGAGAGGAACGGCCGCUGAACCUCUAUCCAUGAGCAGCCCCGCCGGCAGUUGGCCUAUGUUAGUUAAAGAGAGGGAAAGGAGAAUAGCACAUAUGCUGCUGUGUCAG